UCGAAAAAUCAAAAAUGGCGUUUUGUACAGCUGUGGGUUGCGCAAUUUUCAAGUAAAUGUGCAUGAAAUUCGUUAGUUAAAUUAAAUUUUAAGCCAAACAAAUAUUCUAGACUGUUGAUAUGUUAGUUAUACGUAGUUCAUACUGUAAAUACUGUGUUGUGUCUUAGUAUUUUUCACAAAGUGCAAUCCUGUCGUGGACCGUGUAUUUUUUGUGUUGUGGUGAUGUACGAAAAUUAUAAAUAAUGAAACCGAAAUUAAAGCAACUGUGCAAAUAAUGAUACAAUGAUGGGCAUGUUAUGGAUGGUGUUAUUUGUGGCCUUGAGUGGCGCACAAAUUGGAUGUGGAUUACCAUUAGGAUCGACGCCGCAAUCCUACCCUCACAAUGACAAGGGUGCCUUGGUGUUUGACAGCUGGGACUCAGGAUUGUAUGCGGUGCCUGCUCUGCUGCUGACGCUCACUGCCGUUGGGCUACUAUUUGGAUGCACAUGGUGUUACAGGCAUAAAGACUGCAAGCCAAACCGGGGAGCGGACAAUCAGUUAUUCGCAGCGUCCGCCACACAACUCCACGAUGUCAGGAUAUCGCACCCCCCGGACUCCGGCUUCUCGGAGCCGGUCAACAACAACAUCAGCGAGGACAACAACAACGGUCCGAUAUCGCUCAGGGAGAUGCAGAAUAUAGCCAACAACAACGCGGCCGCCUAUAUAGUCAGCGAGAAUGAGGAACGCAACAGAGUGAGCCGGGAGUCGGUUGUGGAGUUCGAGCCGCUGCCGGCCGGUCUAGGGGUGGCUGAUCCGUUGGAGCACUGCGCCGACUGGUUCGGUGACGAUGAUUUUCCCCGAAAUAACUUGCAGUAUUUGCGAGAAAUAGGGCGAGGAUGGUUCGGAAGAGUGGUGGAAGGAGAAAUAGAGCAGGGUACCACUACAUCAAGUGUAGCAGUUAAGAUCCUCAAUCAGAACGCGAGUUUAGAACAAAAGGCGCGGUUUCUGGACGAAGGCCGGCUGUACCGCGAUGUGAGGCAUGACAAUCUGCUCGCGUUCCGCGCCAAAUGCGUCAACGAGGAGCCCUGGAUACUUCUCUAUGAGCUGUGCUCUAUGGACCUCCAACAGUACCUGGAGGCGAACCGUCCCAAGAUGGCGAUCCUGAACGACAGCGGGGUGCCGCUGCGGCUCAUGUGUGACGUCACGUCCGCGCUAGCACACUUACACUCCCUUGGUUAUCUAUACGGUGAACUAUGGAGCGGCAGUGUGCUAGUCCGUGGCGCUGCCGAGAACGCCCGGGCAGUGUUGGGCCGCUACAGCAACUCGGAGCCGAGCUACCACUGCCUACCCCCGGAGAGUAGCAGGCAGCCGCCCCAAUACACUGCCAGCAGCGAAAUAUGGUCCCUGGGCUCGCUGGUGUGGGUGAUAUGUGCGUGGGGAGCCGCGCCGCCGCCCGGCGCUGCGCCCGCGCCGCCCGAGCUGCCGUGCCCCUACAGAAGUCAUCUGUACCAAGUAAUGCAACUGUGCUGGAACCGUACUCCAUCAAUGCGUCCCUCCAGCGCUCAAGUGCAAGCGUUACUCCAACAUCUCGCCCACAGCCGGCGAGCCUCCAACGACGACGACUUCGAAGAACGAUGGCAGAGACUCAAACCAAACUCCAUUCCAGUGCUCGACGAACACAUCGCCAUCAUACACGCCCCCUCCACCUCCUCCCAAUCAACGUCACACUUCACCGAAACCACUCAAGACACUCUCUCCGUCGACAUGGACACGGCGGUGUCACGCUCUAGCAGCAUAAUGUCCGAUAACAUGCUCUCACAAAUAAAGUCCGAUAGCCUCAACAAUCUACACGGAUCGCUAGAAGACGUACGGAACAUUUAUCUCACGCAUAACGAAAUGGCCGUCCUCGAAUGCCAUCAGGGCAAUAUCGAACUGGAAGACAGAGAAAAAGAACACGAUCGAUCGGAUUCCUCUGUCGAUCCCUGGCUGAAAGAUAUAAUAGCCGGCAGUCAAGAUGAUGUCAGCUAUUACAAAGAUGUCAGCGACGUCAUCAAGAAUCUCGAUAACAUUCUCAAUUCAGAGAAGACGUCCAGUUCUGAAUCCAGUCAUCAAGCUAGCCCCUCUAGAGACAAUCUGAGCUUAGACUGCAAAAAGGAGUAUCCGAUGCAAUCGAGCAUGGUUAAAUCGCCUGGGAUCACCAAUUUCCAGAACAUUUUGUCGGCCGGCUUCGAUGCGAAGUCAGAUAGUGACGCGGGCGAAGAUGAGGAAGAUCGCGACACUAUAGGCACGCUGAGUCAUUCAUUCGAACGCCACAGUGAUACCACCAGUCAACAAACUCUUGAAAACAUAACGCCCAUCACCCCUGUCAAAGAUUUUGAUAUGUUUUAUAAUAAAAUUGAACGUCAAGUAGAAUCGUCGAAAGCUGAUACAUUUGUACAAGGAAAAACUGAAUUGCCAAAAGAAGAAAUAGUGUUAAGUGAUAGUAAAAUACCCAAGUUGAAGGAACUAUGUGUAGCCUCAAUACCUAGUUUAAGUGAUAAUGAACAAAUCCAUGCGAAAGAAGACUGUGAAACACCGUGUGAUAAUGUAGAGGGGGAUAGGACUGAUAUGAAAAUCGAAACUAAGUCAGUAGAUGAUAAAGAACAAACAAAUGCAUGUGUUAUUCCUGUAGAAGUUAUUGAACCUGUUUUGAUACAAAGUAAUGAACAAAUAGAAUUAGAGAAGGUUAACGAAUAUGUCUUGCCACAAUCAAGUUCACAUUUGCAAGAACAACAUGAAGACAUAGAUAUUACUCCAAUGAUUUCAAUAGAAGCUAGUGUAUCACCUGAUUCACAAUUUACUGAUAUUAAUGGUGUAAAUUGUGAGAUGUCAUCGGAACAAGUUCAAAUAAGUAUUGCUGAUUAUAAAACUGUAACCAAUGAUCUCAUUGUCGCUGAAAUCGCUGCAUGCGAGCAACAGUCGAAAUUUAAAGAAGUAUUAGACGGCGACAAACCUACUCUACGUGAUAUUGAUCUGAUAUCGACAACUAAACCGACACCUGAGCCAGUACAAAAUAUUUAUAGUGAAAGUCCGAGUCAAGAAGUUGAAGAAGGAACAAAACAAGAAAAAGUUGAGUGCGAAAAUAUAAAUGGUGAACCCACUGUAGAAAUUACAGGAAUUGAUAACUUUAUACCUGUUGAACAAAAUGUGAAAGCUACAGAAUCUGAACAACCGUUUGUAAACAAUACAGAAGUUCAACAGGAUGUAGUGAUAUCUACCAAUGUUGAACAAGAUGCACUUGAAAGCGCAGAAGUUGCACAAGAUGCAAUAACCAAGCAAGAAGUUGAACAAUCUAUUGAAGUAAAAAAAAUUGAAGCUGAACAAACUUCACUCACCAAUGAAAAUACGACAAUUUUACUACCUGAAACAGUACAAAAUAAUGCUAGCGAAAAAGAGAAAGAUGAACACAUUUCUUUAGAAUCUCAUAGAAGCCAAGAUAUGACCAGAUCUGAAACCUUUAAUGAACUUAAAGAGGAACAACUAAGUGAUAGUACAGUGUACAUGGAUCUCAUUAAUGAUGCUAAUAGGGAAGAUGUAAGGAACAGCAUAGAUAGUGAUAUAAAGGAGGCUUUACAGUCAUGCAAGCCUUUGUCGGCUGAAGAUUGCACUUUGAUCAAAAAUGAUUCUACUGUUUAUUUAGACCUGCCCAGUGUGAUAAAAGAGACAGACAAUUUUUUACAAUCCGAAAGAAUAGUUAGUAGUAAAAACGAAGAGUUCAAAGAUGCUGUUGUCUCGAGUACUCCAAAGGGUAGUGAAAAAGCGGAGGAUACUUUAGAAGGAUCUGUUAAACUUAACGAGACCGAAGAAACUGAAAUUCUAUCAGAAACAAAAGUAUUAGAAUUUGGACCGGGUGUGUCUGUAACUAAAUUAGAACAGAAAUUCGUUCCCGAACAACUCAGUCCUAUCGAAUCGCCAACGAAAAGCCACCACACUGAUACUUACGAUGAAAACAGUUCAGUAGUAUUAGGCCCUUUUGAGAACUGCACUAUGGAAUUAUUCAAAGGAAUCAAAUCAAUUGAUUUGGUAGAAUUACCUAGAGAAGAACUUUUAGCGUUCUCGUCUAACUUUAGUGAGAUGAACCUCGAAACGCCGUCACCUCUUCGCGAUGUUAACUUCUUAAACGAAGUACCCGAUCUAAUACAGGAUGAUGUGCAAUUCGACGAUCUCGAUUCGGUCAGCGAGCCUAAGAAAGAUUUGACUGUAGAUAAUACAGAUUCAGCUCAAUCGGUUACUGAGAAGCGCGUUUCGCCUUCAACGCCGCCGAAUUCGCCCGGUAACUUUCUAGCGUCGACGUCUCAGCAGAAAUAUGUAGUCGAUAUUGAUAUCAAUCCUCCACCGCCGCCCGAAGAUAUUCAGCACGAAAUUGAGUUGAAUCAGAUAGAAUUGCAGAUCACAACGAAGUUAGCUAUGGCGGAGAAUGAGAACAAUUUGAAUAUAGAAUACUCUGGGCCGUUGACGGUUGUGGGCGUGGUGUCAGAAGAUACUAUGAUACUGCAUGAUAGUGACGCGAUGCCGGAGUCGUUUUUGGCGGGAAACGGAGGGUCCGUUGAGGAUCUGAGGGAGAAUCUCACGCUGGAUGAGGAGUGCGUCAAGGCGCUCAGAAACGAGUUGGAGUUGAAACUGCCGCUUGCGCAGGUGGCGUCAAUCGAGCCGCAACCGGAGAGCGAGUCAGAAGCUGAUUUACCCAACCCCUCCUGGGCGACCCCCCUUCCUCCCCCGGAGUUGAUCCUGGGCUACCCGGGGGCCCUCAGCCCUAUCGCCGAGGAGACUGGUCCCCAACUCUCUGCCUACGAAAACGAUAUGCAAUGGAACGCGUCAAUCCGCACGGAUUCCUCUGAGAGUUACCCGGAGCCCUGCAACAACAGCACGGACGAGGUGACGUCGCUGCCGUGGGUCGCGCCGGGGAUCGAACCCGCCACCUACACCGUGCAAAGCUCGCCCAACCACACAUACACUAUACAAGCGGAGACCACUAGUAAAGAAAUCACAAUGAGCGCAGACAGCCUCAACGCCAGCCCCAAGCAGCGGGCGGACGAUUCUCCCGUCGACGACCGCACGUACACCAAGCACGACGACGACAAGUCCAAGUGCGAGCGCAUCUCCCAAGUCUCCCCCUUCCUCCUCAGCCCCACCACCGACACCUCCGCCCCAGAAGACACGGGAACCGCUGUAUCCACCCUAUCCAGAACGACCCUCCCCACUGACGCCAAAUCCUCAAAACCAUCGGAAACCCAAUGCCUGUCCAAAGCCACCAGCAUCGACUCGUGGUGUUCCAACGACACACUUUACAACGUCGAAGAAAACUUCGACGAUCUAGCCAUGGACCCCGAGGGUCCUUUAGAUUUUGAAGCUGAAAAUCAAGAUAGCGAAAGCAGCGACACGCUCACCCACAACGACGAUAAAGAACUGAGCCAUUGCUCGACAUACAUCGUGCACGACAGCAAAUCUGAAGCCGAGACGUUCUCGCCAGAUUCCAUCACCGCGAACGAUAAUAAUACGUAUACGAAAGCCAAGACUGAAGCGACCGGACUCACGCCCUCUGUGAUAACUAAAUCCGAUGUUGACUCCACGAAAACUAAAGAUUUAGCCUACGAAACCUUACUGUCCGGUCUACCGUCCUAUUCUAAUUGCACCACGGAAAUGUUAUCCGGUAUGGAUGAUAUUUGGAAAAUGCAGCAACCCGAAUUGGUAAGGAGAUCUCCUAUAGGACUCAUACAAUUGACACCGCCUAAAACCAUUGAAGACACGACAUGUAUAGAAGACAGUCCGCAGUUAUCAUGUGAACCUAGUAUCAAAAAAAUGGAUAGCGUUGAAAUAACAUGCUUGCACGAAAAUUACGACGAAACGGUGGAUAGUCAAAGCAAAUUAGAGAACUCAGAAAAUCAAGAUGUAUUGGUAGAAACAAAUGACAGUCCCAAUUCAAAUUACCGUAGUAUGGCACCUUCUGUCACGAGCACGCCUUUGACAGAGCCGGGUGGGAGCGAAGAUGUUGAAGCGAUUCCAAUGACGUUGCCGAAUCUCACUGUAACUCCAGAAUUGUCCGUAAACGUUCCUAAUUUUCAGACAUUUCUACAGUCUGCGGAAAUAAGACCGCAAGAUAUAUCUUCUAACGCGAGCAAUGAGUACGCUAGUAACCAAGAUACUGAAGUUUUGCUGGAAGGAGAUACCUUGAGUCGUAUUAGUAACAGAGAUAGCGUAGUACAAGCGGAACGUACUCCUUCCUAUUCAGAUUUUGAGAAUUCGGUCGCUUUGAAGCCUCAAGAUGUGAAUUCGAGGGAUAAGUCUAGUCUAAGUUUAGAAAGCGGAGUCAGCUCGGAGGAUUUUCACCAGUUUGAGAACUCUGUACGGAAUCGACCGCAAGAUCUGUCGCACGUAACAGACGCUAGUUCGCUUUUUCUCAAAAGCGAAAAAAGGUUGAGUGAAUUAGCAGCGGGUAGUUCAACAAAUGUGGAAUUUGAUCGCACUAGUCAGGACGGCAGCCGGACGAAUUUUGAAAGGUCUGUCGAAGAAAGUCCGCCUAAUAAUACGAAUGUAACGAACGCCCACGACAUAGGAGAACCGGUUAGUCAUUUUUUAAUUAAUCUCGACGACGAGGAAAAUGAGCAGCCCCAUUCAAUAAUUAUUACCGAAAGUCCGAAAGAAGUAGGUAAGGAAAGUCCAAAAGAAACCGCAAAUACUCCAAACAGAACUUUCGAUUCACAUACUGGGAUGUUGGUCUCGGAACUAAACAACACUUAUGAUUCUCAUGAGAGUAGAACUCCUAAAGUAAAUGUUCAUGAAGCGUCCCAUGACGAUGUUGAACAAAGUCCUGGAAAUUGUAAUGGAAUAACUGAGGAUAAGGAUUUUCCCGAAACUGAUGAAUCGAAGGCUACAAAUCAUAAAGAUGAACCCGAUCAACUUGGAUUUGGAUCCAAAGAUAUCAACCAGCCAACCGAACAAAAUUCUCCAAAAAACGAUUUGUCGCAGGCGUUGCUAGAACAAGAGCCCGUAUCUAGCAAAGCUCAGUCAGAUACCCACAAAACUCCCAACGGCUCUCUAAUAGAAGAUACGACUAGUAUAAAAUGUAAUGGUAGCAGCGAAAACUACGCAACCGUUCAGUUUUUGAAUGAAACAUUCGAGGAACUCGUUGAAAGCAAUGUCGAUGACGACAAAGAGAACGUUGCGAACGAAAGUCGCCGACUAAACGAAGAAUUACAAAGUCCGAAUAAAGAAAAAGGUUUAGACAAAAGUUCCAGUGAAGAAGUGAGAACCAAUGGCGUAAAUGAGAACGGGAUGGAAGAUAAGGAAGUGGCGUCGGUUACGGAGAAUUUCCUUCAGAACGAGAAGAAUUAUUGCCAGUUAGAUUCUUAUUUGCCGCUGCUGAGUGACAUCAGAUUUACUGGUCCAGCGAGCGAGAUAAUGAGCACGUCGUUCCAAGAGUCGCCGACGGAGCCGCCGCGCGUCGCCGACAUCCUCAAGGACUGGGACAGCGACUCGGACACGCACUCCACUAACUCGUCCAGCGGGGAAUUCAUUUGGAAGGGCGGCGACGGGCGCGAGACGCCGGUGGUGCCCACCUCGCAUUUCGACCACCAGCGCACCGGCAACGGGUCGGCUCACAACGGGGCCCCGGGCGCGGAGUCGGGCUCGUGCGGCUCGGGGUCCGGCUCGGAGGGCGACGAGGUGGAGUUCGUGCCGUCCUCGUGGGACUGCCGCGCCGAGCCCGCCAAGUCCUCGCUCAGGAGGCACGAGGCCACCCCCGACAGCAAGAAACGCGUAGUGUUCAAGCGGCAGAAGUACCACUGCGUGUACGAGUACCCGCGAGAGGUCGCCGACCUCGACGCGCACUCGCCAGCUUACCUUCCUGACCUCUCCACCUAUACUGAAUGGGACCCGACUAGCGCUGAAGAAGCAGAGCUCGGCUACGGACAACUGUUCGGGACGGCCGGCCCUCUGGAUAUGUACCAGUUGCGAGCGGGAAUCGCCUUCGACGCAGAUUACGACGAAGACUUCUACAUCUCGUCGUCGGCGCGUCCGUUCGAGAGCCUCGGCAUCAUGUCCACGUCCAGCCAGUUCUUCCCGGGGAUGCGCCUCAAGCCCGGCCUCGACCCCGGCCACGAGUUCCCCUCCUCCCCCCUGCACACCACCCUGCAACAAACACCCUCCCUGGACUUCACCACUCCCGACUCGGGCGUUGAAGACAUCACGCCGGGCUCCACUUCCACAGAAGAGGAUAUUCAAACGAAGAAACUGCCAGAAACAGAUCUACAGUGCUGGAGGCCCGUCGACAGUGGCAGCUCAAGUGAAUCUGUCAGCCCGAGCUCGCCCGGCGGUGAGGCUUUAGGGGGCCUGCGACACACCAGGGACAGGCUCAAACUGGACCUCCCCCCCUCCCCGCAUCUACCCUCCCCGAGGCACAACAGAGUCUUCAACUUCGUCCUCGACAAACCAAAAAGGCACAGAGUGGAUGAGAGACCCGUAGAAGGAACCACGCCCUUAGUGAUGACAGACGAAACGCCCAUAGUGACGACGUCGCUGCCUCUUGAAAAGGACGAGGAGUUGCCGCUGCCCGAACCGACUUUCUCCACGUUCGGCAAGUGCGUGCAGAAAACGGAAUCCGAGCAGAAGAUCAUCCUCACCGAUGAAGAGGUCCAAGACAGUCCCGAAGAUGAGCCUAAAGUGGAGAGUCCCAAAGUCGUGGAAGCUGUCAAAGGGGAGGGGACAGUGUUAGAUAGUGGGGACGAGGAUUCUGGCAUCGAGAGCAGUUCCAAGGCCACGCUCGAGCGGAAAACCACCACCAACGUGUCGUAAUUGGUUUUAAGGUAGCUUUGAUAUUGUAUAGUAGUCCAUUUAAGACGUCACCACCGAAUCUGAUUCGCCUGUAGGGCGUUUGCUAAGCGGAAGAAUCUCGUACAAUUUCCUCUAAUUACUUGUCUCUUUCGCUCGUAUACAAAUUGUCAAGUAAUUAAUGAAUUAGUUUAGCGAACGCGUUUAGAUCGGAAUUCGGUCUCGAACUCAAAUAUUCUUCCACAUAAACUUUAUCGUAUAAAGUUCAGUUGGUGAAGUAAUUGCAGAGUAAUAGCCUAAUUUCAGGUGGUGAGUCAGGCGCGUGAACAUAGUCUCAUAGCGUUCGCCGCGACAGUGAUUACAAUAGCCGAUAGUAUACCGGUAAAUAUUAAGUUUCCAAUACAUAUCGGUACAAAAUUUUACUCCGAACCAGUUUUGGCACGAAAUGGGACAGUAGAAUUUUUUAUUCACCAUCUCAUGACGUUACGCCGUUAUUAGCUUAUGUACUUUUUCAUAAAACCCUUGUCUCACCUAACACAGUAUUAAACUACAUAUUGUAACAUUGAAAUUUCACCCGAAGGUACAAAUAACCAUUUCUAAAUACAUUCAUAGAAUAGCUUGAAUGCGAAUAUGUGAAGUGCUUUGACACAUUUUACAUGUGAAUUUUCGCCUAAUUUUUUAAAAUAUGGCAUUGAAAUGUGGCUAAAUAAUCAGUAUCAAAUAAUAAUGCAUUAUAUUAACUAAUUUUAUGUUUGUCAAAGUAUAUUUGGCAACUAAAAUAAGUUUUGGUGGUAGCAGUGCAGCGGGCCCACCCGAGUUAGUACUCUACUACGUCCGACCCAAACCUUGUACUUGCUAGUUUUCUAUGUACUUUCUACUCUUAUUUCGUAAUGUAGUGAAUUAGAUUACGCAACGUUGCGUGUGUAUAUUUGCACUGAAAACAUUGGAAAGAAGUUAAUUAAAAAUAUAAAAAUACAUGUUUUACUUAGGAGCAAAUAUAUGACCGCAAUUAAUUGUCUAAAUUAUACCUAUUUGUAUGUAGAUCUACGCACAAGUGAGUAAGCAUCUUCCAUCUAAAACCUCGAAUAACCUGAAAUUGUACCGUUCGGUCUAAACGUUGAGGUUCAAAAGCCAAUUGUUAGAUAAGUAAAGUUAUAUUAUGUAAGUGUAGAAUUAGAUUUGAUGAUAGAGCGAUAGUGCAUUCAGCAACAGGAGUGUUUAGUUAACUUUGCGUUGUUUUAAGUGACGGUAACAUUGAAAUAGUUAUAGGGAACAGAUAAUUCAUUUCUCGCCAAAUUUUAAUUUUGGAAGGCACACAAUUUUGCGCUAACAUCAUAUAGAUAAUUUUAUAUAGGAUCGAAAUGCGUCAUUAGAGGAUUCCAUUCGUGAUCAUAGACUUUAUGGGCGAGAAAUAAUCACGUUAGAGAAAAUUAUUUUGAAGACAUCCACCACCGUCUCCGUUGGCUGUUGCUGUCUGCAAGCGGGAGUGCCACUAGUUUCGUCAUCAUAAAGUACGCAAUUCGUCCAAGUGUGAACCUGAUGUGCAAUUCUUCUCAUUUCCAUAUCAUUGCGUUUUUAGUUGUUUAGUUACUGCUGUAAAUAUAAUUUAAUGUUGCGAAGGGGAAUUUUUGAAGAUUAAAAUUUAUUGAUUGUAUUAAUUGCUAUACAUGUUUAUUGUUCUGAACAUUAUUUUUACAGUUUUAGAAAGUUUUCGUUA